AUGGAACAGCUUGCGGAAGCCAACCGGCGUGGCUGUUCCCGGCACCCGUCGUGGUUCGGCCUUGAACCAGAUGAUAUUCCACCGCGUCGGGCAGAAUCGCGGGAGUGGAUCGCAGAAGGGCAACAAGUCAAUGUGUCCCCCAACGAGAUAGUGACCACGGCGAGGAAAAUGAGAAGCGGACGGCCAAUUGACGGUGCAAGCAGCGAGCGAAGCGGGAAGAGCAAGCUGGAAGAUAUGGACGGCAAAGGCGCGCAAAUCGGGGACGGGACGAGCGACAAGAAAAGGACGACGGAUUAUUCGGUAGGUAACGCAAAAUGCAAGGGGCGCGCAAUUGCCGGCUACGCUGUUCAGACGGACGAUGAAGAGGUGGGUGUCGUCGGGUGGCAGAGGCAGGUUAUGGUGUUUCCAGUUUCUGGUGGGAGCGGGAGAGAGGCAAAUGCUGUUGGGGGGUUCUACCUCUGA